GCAGACCGCUGUGUGUCACUUCCCCUUCAUCGAGCUGUCAGUUGACAGCAGCACACAUGAACCUCAGUGAUGAAGACGGAGUUGACGCCCGUUGAUUUUACGUCUAAAUAACCGCUCCUCAGCGUUCUAAUUCAGACGGGGCAAAAACAUGACAGGGAACACCCCUGUCAUCUCUACGGACUGAUCACAAGCGCGGAGGGGAGAAGGGCUGAGCUUGCUAGUUGUGAGCUCCUGUCUUGUUAAUAGUUAGCUUGCAUGCUAAUGGUAGCUAACGCUAGCUGCUGAACGGAGUCCGGUUCUGCUUUGUGCCGUCACGUUAGAUAGCUGGCUCGCUAGCGAAGGUCGGAGGGACUAGCGUUAUCGUUAGCUGUUAGAGCGUUUAUUAGUUGUUCAGCAUCCUUAAUGUGUCAUUUAUCAUUUGUUUUAAGGCUGAAUAAUACGUUGUGUGUUAUUUGUGACGCAGCUUGACAAUACUCUUGUUUUAUACGUUCAUUGAUUUUACUGAAUUUAUCGUUAAUGUUUGCUAGCUAGCAAGCUACUCGGCUAUGCUAACGCCAGCUCAGUGAGACCUCACAUCACAGGGGUGCGGAGAGCUCCAGACUAGUCAAGGAAGGAAGAGAGGUGACUUAUGAUGUGGGCUGAGGGAAGCGGCGGACUGUUAGGCGAAGGAGAGCAACAGUAUUAGCUUUACAAAACGCAUUGUCUACUAUCAUUCCUUGUCGAGGUAACGUUAGGGCCAUAGCGUAAGCCAAGCUGUGUGGGAUAGUUGGAUGAAGAAAAUAAUUUGGACACUUUGAUUUGCAAGCUGGCUAAAUGUGUAGAAUUAGUAUAACUAAGUCGUGAGCUAGUGGCCACUGUGCCAGUUUUAAGGAAAGACACCCUGUCAAGAUUAUCGCACAGACUGCAAUAACCAGCCAGUUUGCUUAAAGAUGGCUUCGGCGAGCAGCAUUGCCGCAGCAAUUGCGAGCAAAACGAAGACCAAGAAGAAACACUUCGUUGCUCAGAAAGUAAAGCUCUUCCGUGCCAGCGACCCUCUGCUCAGCGUGCUUAUGUGGGGAGUCAACCAUUCGAUAAAUGAGUUAAGCCAUGUUCAGAUUCCCAUUAUGCUCAUGCCAGACGACUUCAAGGCCUAUUCUAAGAUAAAAGUGGACAACCACCUCUUCAACAAGGAGAACAUGCCCAGCCAUUUCAAGUUCAAGGAAUACUGCCCUUUGGUGUUUCGAAACCUCAGAGAGAGGUUUGGCAUUGAUGAUCAGGACUUCUUGAACUCUCUGACACGCAGUGCUCCCUUGAACAGCGAGUCCCAGGGACGAAGCGGGGCCCGCUUCCACACCUCUUAUGACAAACGCUACGUUAUCAAGACCAUCAGCAGCGAGGAUGUUGCAGAGAUGCAUAACAUUCUGAAGAAAUAUCAUCAGUUCAUCGUGGAGUGCCAUGGCAACACACUGCUCCCUCAGUUUCUGGGGAUUUACCGGCUCACCGUGGAUGGAGAUGAGACCUACAUGAUUGUUACACGCAAUGUCUUCUCUCACCGCCUUUCUGUCUACAAAAAAUAUGAUCUCAAGGGUUCCACUGUGGCAAGAGAGGCCAGCGACAAGGAGAAGCAGCCGCCCCAACCAGAGGAUGUGCCCCUGCGGCCCAAAUCUGGUAACGUUCAGCAAAGGCUGCAAACACUGCGGAUUGCCACGCGCUUUUACUGCGCCAUGAAACACGUAAGAGAUGCCAAGGAGCUGCCAACCUACAAGGACAAUGACUUCAUCAAUGAUGGGCAGAAGAUCUACAUUGACGGAGAGAACAAGAAAAUGUUCCUGGAGAAGCUUAGGAAAGAUGUGGAGUUCCUGGCCCAGUUGAAGCUCAUGGACUACAGUCUGCUGGUGGGGAUCCACGAUGUGGAGCGAGCUGAGCAAGAAGAGGUAGAAAGCGAGGACAAUGAGGCCGAGGAGGAGGGCGAGAGUGACGGAGGGGGCAUUGGAACGCCUCCCGACAGCCCCAGCAACACCCUGGACAGCACUAAGCCUCUAUCACCUGGAGAGUUUGAUCCCGCUAUUGACGUCUACGCCAUCAAAAGCAACGAUAGUGCUCCCAGGAAGGAAGUUUACUUCAUGGCUAUCAUAGAUAUCCUGCAGCAUUACGAUGCCAAGAAGAAAGCCGCUCAUGCCGCUAAGACUGUCAAACAUGGGGCCGGAGCGGAGAUCUCCACGGUCAACCCAGAGCAGUACUCGAAGAGGUUUCAUGAUUUCAUCACCACUAUUCUGUCAUAGCCUCCAGGAGCGACAGGGAGCACAGAGGCACAUGGGAAAGGGAGGGCAAGUGGAGAGUAGUGCGGGGUAGAGAACUGACGGAGAGAAAAACCAUCGAGAGGCUGAAUACAUAAGGUGCUCAGAUGGCUUUGUAUCACUCUCCUUCAUAGUUUCUCCUAAUACCUCCCUGUUUGUUUCUUCUCUCUUUCAGUGGAGUGCCACGCUCUGCAGCUAUACAACAAAAAAACAUCAUUUGUUUACAUUUAACCUCUCCUCUGUUGACUUUUGUUCAUGCGUUACGUUCGGUGAUAAGGGUGUUGAAAGCAAGCGUCCAAGUCAUUUUUGGUGUAAAGUAAUUUGUUUUUGUCUGUAUUGUUUAUGUGGAAAGAUCUAGCACCCUUCUUUUUUAUUUUAUGUUUGUAUUUGUCUUCCCCUUGUGAUAUUUAGGGGGAGGUAAGCGGCGAGGGUAUGUGUGAGGUCAAGGGGAGUGCACACGUCAGAUUAAGGCACAAGGUGAGGUCCCUCUUGCAAAGAGAAGGCUUAAGCGUGACGUAAAGAGGAAGUUAAUGUGGAGCCUCGCCUUAUGCAAUUGCUUUAUUUCCGGAAGUGGGAAGCAGUCUUCCAAUAGGCCAACAGCCAGCCAGCCAAACACCGCCCCCCUUGGGUUCCUCCUGCGACACUCACCCUUAAGAUGCCACCCCAACCCCACCCGUUCCUUUUUGUACUGUUCAUGAAUUGAUCUUCUGGGUUAUCCUCUUCCCACACACUCACAACAAAAACGGCUCAUUAGCUGAGAUGAGAUCACUUGUUGCAGUAUGUUAUGAUGCUUUUUUCCAGCCUAGUUGCACUUCAGUGGUUGUAAGUGCUUUAUCCCUUUUGCUUUGUUGUGAUGCACAGUGAUUCAAGAAUGAUUAAGGGAAGGAUACGUACUUUUAAAUAAGAAGAAGAGGGAUUUGAGCACACAGUAAGUGUUUACUUGCAUUCCCUCUGAAUAUGUUUGGGCAUUGUUAUGUAGGCCUGGUUUCUGUUCCUGUGGCAGGGAAUGACCCAGAAGUGAGUCUUGUGUGGCUGUAGUGAUUAAGAGUUAUAUCUUCAUAUAGGGUGUCAGAUUGAAACAUCAACUGCACUUAACUUUCUGUUGCCAUCAGCACCUUAUGAGUAAAUCAAAAAUGUUGCACUUUUGUUUGUUAUUAGACGUUGGGAGCUCUUGUUUUGUUACGUGUGCUGCAACAAAGAGGAAAAGGAACUCUUCUGUCUUAGAAUUAAAUCUUUAGGGGCCUGAUCUCAAAUCCCAUGACUUCCACAAUGUUCUCACCCAUGGCUACUUCUUACUGUAGGGAUUGGUUGGGAAAGACUUCAUUGCAAUAUUAGACGAGAAAGUGAACGAGUUCUAUUUCCAGGACUUUUGUAAACUUACCUUUCCAAUCUUUUUUUUAGAAGUGCUUGGUGGUGCUGUGGUGUUGGGUUUUGGGACCAGGCAACAGUGUGACCUUUUACCUCCAGCAUCGUACCAGCACACACUCAAUGAUGGUAAAACGAUGAGUGUGUGUCAGUGUUCAAAAGUUAUAAAGGGUGGACAAAAGUAAGGGGAGGGGGAGGUUGGGAAGAGUAGCUGCAGAUGUAAAAGCACAUGUUGUUAAGACAUUAACACCAACAGCAUCGGCCUCUUCUCUAACCUCGGCCGUGAGUCUGUUAUUCAUCGCUGUUUGUGUUGUUAUUGUUGACAUUUUUAAAGGUGGUUUAUCUGUGUUUGAAUUUGGCGGUUUUAUGAAUUGAUGUGGUAAUAAUAAAACAAUAUUUUUUUUUGUAUAUUUUGCACAAGACGAAAGGAACCAAAUGUUACAAAUACGAUCCCAAUUAGUUGAUAUGGUCUUAACAAGGGAAAUGCAAUAUACUUGUGUGUAAGUGAGAAAAGCUGUUGUGCGUGUGAUGUUGUGUAUCACUUCUGGAUAACCAACUAAAACAAGUAAAGUCGACCUCCAUGACUAUUGUAACCCAUGCAAAAAGCUUCCAUCACAAUAUGUUUGUUUAGAUAUCAUAGAAUAUAUUCACAUUUAUAUUUUUACAUUGGAUUUUAGUCACGAAAUGUAGUUGUAUUUAAAAAAAAAAAAACUUACAAAAUAAAAUAAAGGAGCCACCCUUGGGUAUGAAUGAUGGUGCUGUGGUAAAUGAAGAAUAAUACUGCUUGAAUUUAUACAAUACUUACUCUAGAUGUACUUUAAGAAAAAGUCAUAAAAAAUUGCAUGUCACAGGACUCGGUUUCCUUUUCCCUCUCUAGUCUGUGUUGUUGGCUGUUCAGGUUCUCUUUGUGUCCCCACUCUUUAACCAGAUUUGUGAGCUGUUAAGUGUAAAGUAGUCCCUACCAUGCUUUAAAUAACUGUUUUUCAUUGUAUACACUGUGCAAGAUGUGUGCCUUUAUACUCCAAAAUUAUUUAAUUUUAUAUUUUGUAAUCUUUUUUUAAAACAAAGGUAAAAGGUUAUUUUAAUAAUAGGGUGUUUACUUUGACAUGCAUUAUUCCCAACUUUGUUUUCAACCCCCCUCCCCCCCCCAUCAACAUUCUUCUGCUUUAACACCUCUGUAUUCAGAUUUGUUCAUAUUAUAAACAAAACCAUUCAAAUGAUUGUGUUUUAACCAACCUAAAAUGUUAGCUGUCUUAAAUUUGAAUAUGGUGGAUCGGUUUGGAUUCUGUAUAUUCAAAUCUAUCGUUGUGGUUAUUCCGUGUGUACAGGCAUCCCCUUUCCUCCUCCUCAGAGGGAGGGGGGUGUCUGCUGAUGUUAAUACCUUGUUCGGUCACGCUGGUCCUGCCUUUAUAAAGAACGUGCGUGUGUGUGCAAGUGCAUUGUGGAAUGUGAUUGUGUUUUGUUUCACGUUUACCUUCUAACCACAGAUUUCAGGAAUGUGUUUUUUUUUUUUUUAAGUGUUUGUCCAAAAUAUCACUCGCCGUUGAUGUGCAACCCUUACUUGUUUCUGAACCAGGUUAAUGUUCUCUUGGCGUUUUGUGUAAGCCGCUUGUUAUCAGGGAGGUUCAUCAGCUGAUAGUUCAUCCUGAGUCAGUGGUUAAUUGAUAUUUCAGUGUUCUUUCACUAUUAAUGGGCUGUUUUGUUUCUAUUGUCACGUAGCUCAUACUGUACAUAGGUUAUGUUAUCGAGAAAACGGGGAAUGAGGCAACGCAAUCAUCUUCUAGUCUGCUUUGCUCUGUUCGGCCCUGGAGGCUCCCAUGUAGUCAGACAUUAGCAAGUAGAAAACAGAGCAGUGCAUGCUGGGAGAGUGAGUUUUUUUUUCUGUUUUGUUCUGGGAAUAAUAACUCUGGAUCUCAUGUAAAGUAGGCGAUGCUGAUGCCAGACUUUCACAGAUGCAAAUUAAAGACAAUAACACAUGCUCUGCUGCUUUUUGAAAUAAGUCCUUGCUUUUGUGACUUCUCUUAUGAAUGAGCUCCUUCAGCCAAUAAACCCACCCAAGAGUCAACCUGCUGCCACGUUAACUUGCCAAAAGCAGCUUUCAGCAGUCAGAACUACACCACAUGAGCUUGAAGAACAUUGUGUAAUAGUGUAAUGUGUCUCUUUGUUUGAACUGAAUUUGUUUUUUAACAUGCACCGGGAGGUGGAGCGAGGUGUUCAUUGCUGAUAUGUGAAUAUGUCCAAAGUUAUAAGAAACAACCCUGUGUUCAUGUGGUUUAUCAAGUGUUAAGGGACAAUUUGAUUACAUAUUCAAAGGACCAGAGGCCAGGCAACAUCUGCAGAGAUGGAAAACAUUUCCUUUGGCCUUAUGAUUUAAGUUUAAGAAAUCUUUGUUGAGAAAAAGAAGACUAAUUUUGGAAGUUGGCAUGCACACACCAGGCUACGAAACAUGCCCUCUUGCAUUGAGCUUUGGUCUCAGUACUUUUAGGCUAUACCUAAAGAGAGGUGUGUGUGUGUGUGUGUGUGUGUGUGUGUGUGUGUGUGUGUGUGUGUGUGUGUGUGUGUGUGUGUGUGUGUGUGUGUGUGUGUGUGUGUGUGUGUGUGUGUGUGUGUGUGUGUGUGUGUGUGUGUGUGUGUGUGUGUGUGUGAGAGAGAAUGGUUGGUGACCGUUCCCUUUCAGUGGCAGAGGCCAAAAUGAUGUAUGUUUAUUGUGCUUCACAUUUAAUGAUAAUACACUCCAUAAUUCCAUAAGUGUUCACUCAAACCAAUUAAAGCACUUGUUCUGCUUAACUCAAA